AUGCUCUUUUCCUCCGUUAUCAGCUACUUGACGCUUGCGUCGUCGGUGUCUGCCAUCUACAUUGACUCCAGCUUUGAUUAUGGUACCCUCGAGCUUAAGCGGGACUCGGUGGAGCUUGACACCAGUUUCUUCCGCAUUCCCGAUAAUGCUACUAAGGACGACUAUUUUGACGCUAAUAAGAACUGGGCCACCAACCUUAACAAGACGGAAUCGUUAGUGUUGGAGACGUCGGGUAAGGGCCAAAAGCCCCAUACGUUGGUGAUUACCUGCUCGGACUCGCGGGUGUCACUGGCGGCAUUUGGUGUGUACCCCGGGGAAAUCUUCGAACACAAGGAUAUUGCCAAUGUCAUUGUCCCCACCGAUAUCAACUCUCAAGCGGUUAUCCAGUACGCGGUGGAGAACUUGAAGGUGAAGAAGAUCAUCGUUGUAGGUCACACUGGCUGUGGUGGGGUCAAUGCGGCGAUGGAGUCGACACCGGUGGGUGGGGUGCUUGACUUGUGGUUGAACCCGGUGCGGUCGUUAAGAGUGUCUCACUUCGAUGACUUCAAGAAGAUCAAGUCCAAGGACGAUAGAGCCAGGCACUUGUCUGAGUUGAAUGCGGUGCAAUCGGCCCAGGUGGUGAAGACGCUUCCUCCCGUGGCUAAGGCAUUGAACCUGAAGGAUAUCGAAGUGUGGGCGUUCCUCUACGACACUGCCACUGGGUUGAUGAGCGACCUCGAGAUUCCCGAAACCAAGCACCUGGCCAUCUACUUGUUGAAUGGCGACAACGACAAGGAUGAGGAAAAGAAGGAAAAGGAAAAGAAGGAGAAGGAGAAGAAGGAGAGAAAGGAGAAAAAGGAGAAGGAGAAGAAGUAA